UGCAUGGUGUUUAUGGUCCCGAUACUCUAGCUAGGUGAAAUUUUGGUUUCGUUGACCCGUUUCAGUUAUUUUUUUUUGUUAAAGCUUAGGCAGACACGUCAUCGAAAAUGUCGAUAAUGGCACAGAAAUAAUCAAAGUUUUGAUCGGCAUGUUAGUAAUCAGAGCAUCGACCAGAAGCUAAAGAUUAAUAAUCGAACAACUUAAAGCCAUUUGCGCAAAGCUGGAUUCACAAAGAAGCUCGAUGUUUAUGCGCCACCCUAUUUACAGCAAAAAACAUGAUGGCUCGAAUUUCCAUCUGCGCAAUGUUGGCCAAACGGAACGAAAUCUACCCAUUUCUUCAACGGAUGGGUACUGGGGAUGAGGAAUGGGUCACUUACGACAAUAUUGUGUGAAAUCGGUCGUGGUCUAAGCGUGGUGAAGCAGCUUAACUUGUGGCCAAACUUGUGGGUGGAAAUAAUGGCUAGGAAGGUUCUACUGGGGUUAUGGUGGGACUUGAAAGGAAUCGUUUAUUAUGAGUUGCUUUCGUGUAGCCAAAGACUAAAUUCAGAUCUGUACUUUCAAUUACUGCACCGUUCGAAGAUAGCAAUUUACCAGAAGCCACCAGAAUCGGCCAAUUGAAGAAAAAUUGUGUUCCACCAGGACAAAGAAAUGUUACGCACGUCUUUAGUGACUCGGCAGAAAGUCCGGGAGCUUGGUUGGGAUGUUUUAAUGCAUCCACCGUAUAGUCCGGACCUAGCACCAAGCGAUUGACACCUUUUUCGCGCAUUACAAAAUUUCCUGAGUGAUGAAAAACUGAGAUCAAAAAAGGGAUUGUGAAAAUGGACUGCUCCAGCUUUUAGCCAAUAUCUACUAAACCUUCUACAAGAGAGGCAUUAUGAAGGUAUUUUUAAAAAGGCAACACAUUUUCCAACAAAAUGGUGCAUAUUUGACGAAUGAAUUCGGUCAUCAUCAAACGCUCUCGGGUAACUGAAAUUACCUUCCACCAUAUUUAGUUUUUCAAAUUCUGUUGAUGAAAGAGACCCUAGUGUGCGCAGCACGCGUAUGCAUAAAAUGACAUUUCGAAAACGCACAACGAGUACGAGAAACGUCAAUCUUGUGAUUGUUUAUUAUUCACACAAUCGCAGAAAACAUUAAACAACGAAGUUUUAUUAACUGUUCUUUUUUCGUUUUUUCUGUGUUAAUCAAUGUAAGGCAGUCGCGUCCUUUCAUUUCAGUAGAAAGUAAAAUCAAGAAGCGUAAAAACUGUUGAACUGUGGAAAUGGAAACUAUCAAGUAUCUCAAAAAAGCACUGUCCUCCGGGAACUCGAGCGUGUGUCGGUUGUGCUUGUCGCCUGAUGUGGCUUCGGAACCGCUAAGGCCAGACGAAGUUGGCAAAUAUCUUAUUCAAAAAAUCUUCGAUUGUACAAGUGUUCAGAUCAUGCCUUUAACAGGCAUUCCUUCGGUCUUGUGUACCGUUUGCAAAAGACGUGUGGAAGACUUCUAUCUGUUUCGUUACCAGUGUAUUAAAAACAACGAAGUUCUCAACGAAUUUGCUGCAGAACUCAGCAAAUCGCCAUUAGGCAACUCAGAAUCAGAAAUCACCGUACAUUCCAACGAACAUGUGCAACAAAGCAAUGUGUCAUCAUCGAUUUCCCUACUAAACGAAGUUCCCAGAACAUUUGAUGUUAAUAACAUUAGUUUGGAUCACACAUAUAAUGCACAAGAAACAAACAUAGCGAACGAGUUCGAUAGCAACGGUGGUCUUUAUCAACCGAAAGUAAACUUAGAACACAAUGACGACUAUACAUGCGAGGUUCUAGACCAAGUGGAUCCGCUUGAAACAGAACCUAAACAGUCAGCGAAUCCAGAAACAAAUGAGCAUAUUAAAAUGAACAUCAAAGAGGCAAGAAAUCAGUACCUCAAGGAUCCUGCUUCCAGCACGUUCCAAGUCCUGCCACAAGUUGAUUUGCAGUUACUUCAAGAGCCGAUUGAACGAAUUCACACCGAGGAACCGCCUUUUGUGUGUCAUUUUUGCAACGACGCGUUCAUAACCCGAGAAACAAUGGAGCAACAUGCGAAAACUCACAACAAAGACAAGCAGCAUAAAUGUCCUCACUGUUCCGCAAGUUUUGUGGCACAUCAGCGUUUAGUUAUUCACCUUCGUCAUCACACUGGAGAGAAGCCAUUUGAGUGCCAAGUCUGCCACAAAGCGUAUAUUUCGGAAGAUGGAUUGAAAUCUCACAUGAGAGUUCAUAACAAGGAUCAACAAUACCAAUGUCCUCAAUGUUCCGCUAAGUUCGCACAGUCUACGAAACUUACGAUUCAUAUCCGCACCCAUCAUAACGGUAAAAAGCCUAUUGUUUGCAAAAUCUGCAGCAAAGCGUUCGCUGUUUUGUCACGAUUGGCUAGGCAUAUGCAUACGCACAACCAAAAGAAGCAUUUCAUUUGUCAUUACUGUUCUGCUAAAUUUACCUAUGCAACAACGCUUGAAAACCACAUCCGUCGAACCCAUGCCAGCGCAAAAAUACCUAGCAGGCCUUAUCAGUGCAAAAUUUGCAACAAAUCUUUCAAAACACUUUCAACCUUGAUACAUCAUAAAAAUAUUCAUACCAAUGAGAGACGAUAUGAAUGUCCACACUGUCCCUCUAAGUUCUCCAAUUCAUGUAACCUCAAAACACACAUCCGCUUUCAUACCGGUGAAAGGCCUUAUGUAUGUAAAGUUUGCGACAAAGCGUUCUAUACAUCUUCUCAUCUGAAAACUCAUGCUAAAAUCCACAACAAGGACGAUCAGCAUCAAUGCAGCUACUGUCCUGCUAGGUUCGCUCAGCCUGGCAGCCUAACGAUUCACAUUCGUAAGCACACCGGUGAAAGACCUUUUAUGUGCGAAAUUUGUGCUGCGAAAUUUAAACAUUCAACAACACUUAAAACCCACAUCCGUCGCGCCCACGAAUCAAUACCUAGCAAGCCUGUAGAGUGCAACAUAUGCAACAAAGUUUUAAGUUCACCAAGUAGUCUAUACAGUCAUAAGAAAACUCACCAAUCGUCAUCAACGAAGCUUAAAACCCACGCCGGUGAAGAAAAAUCCAACAAGCCUGCAAAGUGCAACAUUUGCAACAAAGUCUUCGGUUCACUUCGCAGCCUAUGGGGACAUAUGAAAAGUCACGAACUCAAGUUAGUGGAGGACAGAAAAUAUAAAUGUCCAACAUGUCCUGCUAAGUUCUGCAAAUCAGGUCCUCUUAAAAAGCACAUCCGUCAUCACACCGGUGAACGGCCUUAUGAGUGCAAAUUGUGCGGUAAAGCGUUCCAUACAUCAGGCAAUCUAAACGCGCAUGGUAAAACCCACAACAAGGACUAACAACAAUAAAGUGCUUCGUUUAGCCUGUAAUGCUAGGGAUUCACAUUCGUAGACUUACCAGAGAAACAAGGCCAACUGUUCGAAUCCGAUUCGGCAAACAAUUAUUGGAAAUAGUAAAAAA